GGUGGGAGUCGACUAUCGGCUGUUUGACAUUUGUCAGCUGUUAUUCCCAUUUGCUCUGAGGAUUUGAGAUGUUUACUGUUCUGUCCCAUUUUUCUUAGAAUAUUUGUAGAAUUAUGGAAGAAGUAGCUACUAGAGAACACUCUUGUGAUUCAAUUGCCACAAGUGAAGAGUUUGAAGACCUAGGACAUAAAAAUGCAUCUGAAUUAAAACCAAAUGAGGAAAUAUUAGUUACACAAGUUGAAGACAAUAAAAUAAAAAACAAGACAUCUCCAGAAAUGGAGAUUGGAAAUAAUGGAAAUAUGGCAGAUCUAAAAGAUACCCUCAAUGAAGUUCUGAACGAGGAGUCUGAAACCAGUGUAGAACCAGCAAAACUGGAAGACAGUUCUCAAAACUGUGCUUUGUUUAAUAGAAUUGCAUACUUAGGAGCCGCAACUGUAAAUGCUCCAAGGAGUGAAAAUGAAAUAGCAAGAAACAUGGCCAUUAUGAGGCAGUCAAGUGGUCAACCUAUUCCAAUCACUUUAUCAAUUCCAAAUAAUUGUGACGGCUCAGUUGUGCUUUACGAGGCAGAAAGCAACACUGAAAUGGCACGACAUCCAAUUCAUCGCAUAAUUUUUCUUUCUCUCGGUCCUGCUGGUACGUUAGACUCCAACUGUUUUGCGUUCACCUGCCCUAGAGGAGAUUCGGAUGAAACAGCUAUAUUUCAGUGCCACGUUUUUCGUUGCGAAAUCAUUGAAGCCAUUCCAAAAGUCAUGUGCAGUUUCAAGCACGCCUUCCGUAAGCCUGAACCUUCUGCCCCUAUUUCGACAGAAUCAUCUACCGCCACCUCACCCACCGAGCUGACCAAUCAUCGCUUGACCUUUGAAUUAACUUUGGAAAUCAAAGAAGAGGAUACAAAAGGAAACUACAGUCCCGUUCCUAAGGAUCGCAAUUUCUUUAAAAUUCGUGCUGGCAUCGAAAAGAAAAUCGUCAUCACAGUUGUACAGAUAAAUGACAGCUUAGAACUGCCAAUUGAACGUUGCUUUGGGUUGUUAGUUAGUCCUGGACGGCAUGUGAAGCAUAGUGACAUGCACCUUCUAGAAAUGGUGUCGAUGGGAACUUCAAACACCCCCAGCAAUCCACAGGAAUCACGGAAAUCCGCUUACUUAAUAUCCGGUCAUUGGGAUCCAAACGAGCCUGUUUUUGGGCUUCUCAAUCGGGAGAGUUCUAAAGAUAUCGGUUCCGUUUACAUGACGAUUGCAGUAGAUCUCGUUAUUCGGGGUAUCAGUGAACCGGUCCGUUUCAUUAUUGAAACACGGACAAAGGUUUUCGGACACAACGAGCGCUUUUGGUACUACAGUCAGAAACAAAUGACUUUACAGUUUGCCGUACAUGUCACCGAGGUCCGCGAUCCUCCUCCAAAUUCUUCUACUUACGACCCCGUAUAUCGAGUGGUGGAAAUUUGCAAUGAAGGCGAAAUUGAGCGCCCUAGCAAAGGACUUGGAAUGGGCAUGGCGCUUUCGUUAAAUUUAAGCUCAACGCUAAGCACUUUGACUGGCAGCACUUUUGGAUCACUUAAUUCCCCUACGCCGAUUCUCAAUGAUACCGUCAAAGAAGAUGAAUUGUCGUCAGAUAAUGACGAACCUCUUCUAAGUGGAUCGGGCGAGGUUUCCAAGGAUUGCAGUGAACUAGAAUUGGCCUCGUGGGCGGAAGUGUUACACAUGUGGGGAACUCAGCCGGGCGAUACUCGACCCAAACAGUUGAAGCAUUUAGUUAGACGUGGAAUCCCUGAAGCGUUAAGGGGUGAAGUUUGGCUUCGACUGGCUGAUUGUUCCGCUGAUACCAGCGUAAUGGAUGCAUAUAGAGUAUUAAUUACGAAAGAAUGUAGUGCCGAUCCUGUUAUCAUGCGGGACAUUCAUCGUACUUUCCCAGCGCAUGACUUCUUCAAGGAUUCUGGUGGCCUUGGCCAGGAAGCCCUGGCUAAAAUAUCUCGCGCCUACGCAGUUUACGACCAAGAAGUCGGCUAUUGUCAAGGUUUGAGCUUCUUGGCGGCGUCUCUAUUACUACACAUGCCAGAGGAGCAAGCCUUCAGCGUGAUGGUCAGAGUCAUGUUUCAUUACGGAUUGCGUGAUCUCUUCAAGGACGGUUUUGAGACGUUACAUCUCCGCUUGUAUCAACUUGACCGCCUUAUUGAAGAGUAUCUACCCGAUUUGUGGAAUCAUCUGGUGGAAAACUGUAUAGAGAAUCACAUGUAUGCAUCUCAGUGGUUCCUUACGCUCUUCACCGCCAAAUUCCCGCUCUUUCUCGUCUUUCAUAUUUUGGAUGUCUUCCUAUAUCAGGGCAUGGAUACCAUAUUUCAAGUUGCUCUCGGCCUGUUAUCCAUGGCUAAAAAGGAUCUCCUUUCACUUAACUUUGAAGGCAUUCUAAAGUACUUUCGCGUUCAAUUACCCAAACGCUAUCGGAAUGAAGUGGCAGCUCGUCAACUGAUGAAGUUGACGUCGUCGUUCAAACUACGAAAACUGAAGAAAUACGAAAAAGAUUUUGUGGCUAUUAAGGAGCAAGAACAGGCUCGGGAAGAUCCAGUUGUUCGUCUUGAACGCGAAAAUAAACAUUUGCACGAAGCUAAUUUGAGGCUCGAGCGAGAAAGUGACGAUUUGGCUCAAGAAUUGAUCACUAGCAAAAUUGGUCUACGCUCAGAGUUGGACGCAGCCGAAGAAAAAGCUGAUUCAUACUUCAAGGAAUUGCAAACUUUGAGGCGUCUUCAGAAAGAAGUUGAAGAGGAUCGUAAUCAAAUACAAAACGAAACCAUCAAGGUGAAAGAAAUGUUGCAGCGGGAAGUGCAACGUGCGGAAGAAGAAGGACGGAGGAGUCAGACAAUCAUUGCCGACUACAAAUUGAUCUGUUCAAAACUUACACGGCGAUUGGAAGGCGAGCAAUCUCGAGCAAAAGAAGUUUUUGAAAGAUUGCAGUGCAGUCUUUCGGAUAGUCCCAACUACUCUGGUCUGCUAGAUGAUGUAAUUAGUCUGAUACGUUCAGAACAGUCCAGCCCAGAUCUGCAAGAAACUGGAAACUUAGUCUGUGAAUUCAAACCUCGUUCUCCCGCUUCAGCACAGUCUCAAUUAGAAAAUCAGGUUCGCCAACUGGAAUUGGAAUUGGCUCAAACAAAAUUGGCCUUGGUUGAAGCUGAAUGUCGCAAUCAAGAUCUGACCCACCAGUUAACUACUAUUUCGAUGGAAAUGCAGUCACAAUCACGUAACAGCUGGCUGCAGAAAACGCUGUCUUCAAUUAAAGAAGUUACAGCUAAGAAGGAUGGCAUUCCCGUUGUCACUACGGCAACCGCUUCGUCGACAUCACCUUCAUCUGCCACCAAUGCAACAGGGCGGAAGGAUUCGUCUAGCUCGGAUAAAUAAUAAUAAUAAUAUAAAAUGAAAAUAUUUUGCCAUUCCACUACAAGAGAUUACGGUACCGUAUCUAGUAUAGUAUAUGAAAAUGAUUCAAGUGCUAUAAUUAAUUAAUAAUUAGGUAUUCUUCUUUGGUUAUUUCCUCUGUCUUUAUAAAUCCAUAUCCAUCAUCGAUACGUUUGGUAUCGCGUGCCAUUCAGAAUCCGCUUUGAAACACUUAGAUCUUGGUUAAAUAAAUGAGCAAGUAGCUUUUUGCGACAUCGUUUGGUUGUCUCUCAGUAA